GAUAGACUACGGUAUGAAAGGUUCCACUUGAACCAAAGGAGCAACUCCCCUAUUUUUGUUUGUACUUGUCUGAAUGACAAUAACUGGAUACGACUGAAAGCAGGACGCCGCAUUUCCAGCUGUCCUUGUAUGCAGGUCGGAUUGUCAGAGGAAUCACUAAACUCAGAUGGGUCAGGCACUGUGGAGGCUGCCUCCCAGACAACAGCAGCAGCUUCAGGAAGAGCUUGCCAACCGACUGGCUGACCAAGGAAGAGGACGAGAGCAAGGGAGAGAUGGAUGUCCCCAAAGAAGAGCUCCCCAGCACUGUUAUGGCCCUGACAUCUACCAUCUGCUGAGAACACGUAUGGGAGGUAAAGAACAGCAGGGCUUUAUAGAUUUGGAAAUGUUGCCACCUGAAUUAGGCAUCACCAUACUGUCAUACCUGAAUGCUACUGAUCUGUGCCUGGCCGGCUGUGUGUGGCAGGACUUGGGAAAUGACGAAUAUCUAUGGCAAGGGCUUUGUAAGUCCACAUGGGGACACUGCUCCAUCUACAACAGAAGACUACCUGCUGGUUUUUCAUAUAGAAGACUAUACCUACAACUAGAUGAAGGCAGCCUGACAUUCAAUGCUAACCCACAGGAGGGUAUCAGUUAUUUCAUGUCUAAAGGUAUACUAGUGGAUCAUCCGACCGAGCUGGCUAAGUUCAUCUUCUACACCAGACGGCUCAACUGGAAGAUGCUGAGGAUUUACCUGGACGAGAGACGGGAUGUCCUGGAUGAGUUGGUGACCCUCCAUAACUUCAGUAACCAGUUCCUCCCCAACGCUCUCCGGGAUUUCUUCAGACACAUCCACGCACCAGAGGAGAGAGGAGAGUAUCUGGAAACCCUCAUCACCAAGUUCAGCCACAGGUUUUGUACCUGUAACCCUGGUCUUGUACGAGAGCUGGGCCUCAGUCCUGAUGCUGUGUAUGUGCUGUGCUACAGUCUGAUCCUGCUGUCUAUUGACCUGACCAGCCCCCACGUCAAAAACAAAAUGUCCAAGAGGGAGUUUAUCAGGAACACUCGCCGAGCAGCACAUAAUGUCUCGGAUGACUUUGUGGGCCACCUCUAUGAUAACAUAUACCUGAUUGGUCAUGUGGCUGCGUAGCUCUCCCUACCACCUGUUCUGUAGAAAUCUUCAUACAGCACUGAAGAAUAGAAAUUGGUAAUUUGGUUCCUAUUCAUGUCUAGAAAAUAGGGAACAUAGUGGAAAUGGAUUUUCAUGUCUCUCAAGAAAUAUAACAACAAAUCCUACUGGAAAGAUUAGAAAAACUAAUAAAACUCACCACUGCACUGUGAGAGAGACUGUGCUACCAAAUAUUAGUCAUUUUAUUAGAUUUUAAUCAAAGGUGUGAAAAAUCUGAAAUGUCUUUAAAACCAAGUCACUGUAAAGACUGAGGUUUUAAAGCGCAACCAUGAAGACAAGCUCUGACACUGCACUGAUGGAUGGGUACUACUGAUUUGGUAGAGGAACGAAAAGGAGGAGGAGCACUGUCUUCAGCCUGUCAGAGAUGCCGUGAUUGUCAUGUGGAUUUCCUGUUGGACAGGGGUUGGGCCACGCUCACCAGUAGGACAAACACUGGUCUGUGACACAGGGGACGUUAAUACAAGGUUAACACAAAAUCACUCACCAUCACGAGGAGCAUUUACAAACGUAACGAAUGUCAAAGUCGUUGGAGAUAUUCUUCAGAUGAGCUGACCAAGAGACAUUGUCAAGUGAUUAAAAACCAGAAUGUCCAAAUGUCAACAUACAACUAGACCUGGUUUUCUGUCCCUCACACGAGAGUUUUUUUAUUUUCCAUUUAGGACUAAAACGAAUAAGAGAACAUAUUGGACUACAUGCAAGAACUUUUUCAUAUUCUUAUCCUAAAUCUCUCUUACUUUUUCUGUGAGGCUUGGCAUAAUCAACACCUCUAUAAUACAGGGCUACCUGUUCCACUCUGUUAGUGGGCAGCUUCUUCACAAAAAUGUAAUAAAAAAAAAAGAAUUUUAAUAACAAGUCCAGAUAACAACGUUAAAACUUUGCAGCGCCAGUCAACUUUGAAAGUUCCGGUGCCGAAAUAUGCCAAUACCAGAUAUGAAAUCCAAUCAAAUAUGAAUGAAAUACCUCGCAGUAAAUUGACACGGUAUGGUGAUGGUAAUGUGGUGAAUAUUUUUGCAUUAAGUUUGUUUCAGUUGUAUAUUUUAUCUCAAUAAAUUUUGGUCUUAUAUUUAUACUCCAAAUUCAUUCAGAUUAUAGAAAUUCUUGAGCCAAACGUGUUUUUCCCCUGUGGAGAGGUACCAUCUGUGUGUGACUUGGACAACACGUCUAGCUGGACCUCUUGUGAAUUUAAUUCAAAGGUCUGGUGAAUGCCAGAAAUGUGAAAUUAUUGAACAAACAUGUAAAUUCUUAAAACUGCAUAAAUUCAAAGGGAUUGUUCCUUAAUAUAUUGAUGGUCACACAGCUAAAAGUAAAAUGCAUAUUUAGUAUUUUCGGAAUAGUGGGAACCAAUUUUUUUACAAGUUUUUGUCCAGCUUAUCAUUGAAAUUGAAUGUAUUUGAACAGUUUCUUGAACCUGACUCGAGGGAAAUGUAUAAUCACACUGCUUUGGAGAGGACAUGUUGCUUGUCCAUGCAGAAGAUGUGCAGCUUGCACAGCUUCCAUGUUAUGCUUCUUUAUGAAGAAAAGGGUAAAUAAUAAUAGGGGCAUUGGGGUCUGUUGAUGAUCUCUAAUUCUGGCAUCAUUGUGAUGGAACUGAAGUCAAAUGUAGAGAGAGAUAAUCUUAAGUGGAAAAAUCAUUUUGGCUCUUGAAUUGUCAUUGAAGGACAAACCUCUGUAUGGAGUCAGCGGGUGACAGUGCAGUAACUGAGUUCAUUGAGGUUCUUGUGUUUUAAAAAUAGUACUGCUACAAUUUCAUAUUUUUGCACAAUGCACAUGUAUUUAGUGUCAAUUACCACAUUUAACUUUAGUCAGUUGUUUUUAAAAAAAAUCCUGGAAAAUAGAUAUUAUAUAUAUUUGUGCAAAUAUUCAUAUGUAACACUAUUAUUAGCAGUGUGACAAAGUAAUAGAUAAUUUAAAAUGGUGGAUUACAGUAAUCAGUACAUGAACAUGUGUCUGAGCUCUUUUUAAAUGUAGUUUUGAAAUAGUGAAGCGUAUUAUCUGGAGGAAAACACUACAGUACAGAGGUCUUGGUAUCUGACUGGCACAUGCAUAAAGUGCAUGGAACGGAUGCCUCCAUAGCCAUUGCAGUGGCAUUGCGUAAGAGUGUAAAAGCCAAUAUGGAGAAAUGGAAGUAUAUAAACAUCUUAGGUCUGAACAUAUUAAAGACUCCAAACAUUCAAAUACAUGAAAUACUUCCAGCUGUUCCUUUUAAAAGUAAACCAAUCUAACAAUGACGCCCAUCAGACCUAAAUGCAGCAUGAUUGUCACUGUGCUUGUAGCUCUUACCAGCGAGUCCCAGCAGCUAGCAUGUAGCCACAGCUAACAGGCUAGCAUGUAGCCGCAGCUAACAGUGAAAUGUCACAGUAGACACUGAAUGUAACCAUAGGAACAGACUGGAUGACACAAUGAAGCAGUUUUAUAUCUUUUUUUUUUUAAUUAAGGGGGUUUGUGUCAUGACUUAGAUAGCUUAUUGCUACACCAACCGACCUUUAUUUAUUUUGUAAUUUUGUUUUCUAUACAAGUAAUUUCUGUAGCCUCCUCAUUAGGUUGUAAAUCUGACUGUGGCUGAACACAGAACAUUAAUUCUAUGGAAGAGUCAUUGUUGCUGAUCAUGUAUACUGAUUUCUUAUUGUUAAUGAUGGCAAUGAUUAUGAUGAUAAUUAUGUAGAAAAUCCACUUCCUGUUGUGUUUAUUUUUAAUGCAGUUACACGGACACUUUAUAACUUACAAAAUGCACUGAUAAAUUGUUCCAAAUAAUUGACCUAUUAAAUAUGGGUUUGAUUUUA